AUGAACAAUCGUGCCUCCCCCGCCCGGAACGGCGAUGGUGACGGCAUAUCCUGCCCCGCCGGCAAGGCCCUGAAGUUGCGACUGGCAUGCCUCGUGGUUGGCAUCGCACUGCCUGGCAGCGGCCGAGCAGUGCUCCCUGUUGGCAAAGUAGGUGGCGACAUAGGGGAACGAGAAGAAGUUGUUCGCGACGUAGGACACGGCGGUCGUGGCUGCCGGGACGGGGGUGACGAAGCUUGCGGGUGCGGUGCCGGUACAUAUAGCGCUGAUGCGACGAAGCGGGAGAGGAGGGUCAAUGGUUAG